AUGGAGAAAUUUGUUUUCUUAAGGUUGACUCACAUUUUAAGAGAAAGAGAACUUUUACGUGACAGACGAUGGGUUACCAUAGAAGAGCAGUUGGCGAUUUUCCUACUCACGAUUGGACAUAAUGAAGAUAAUAGAAUAUUACAAGAAAGAUUUCAACAUUCCGGUGAAACUAUAAGUAGAUACUUCAAUGAAGUAUUGAGAGCCAUCAUGGAACUUUCCAAUGAACUUAUAAAACCUCCUUCUUUUUCUGAGGCUCCAGCUGAAAUACUCAACAACUCUAAAUAUUUCCCAUGGUUCAAGGAUUGUAUUGGCGCUAUAGACGGAACACAUAUUAAAGUGAUUGUACCACUAUCCCAACAAACACCAUACUUCAAUAGGAACGGAAAUAUAUUGCAAAACGUGAUGGCAGUAUGUUCGUUUGAUUUGAAAUUCACAUAUAUCUAUGCUGGAUGGGAAGGAUCUGCAAAUGACUCAAGAAUUUUAUGGGAAACUUUGAGUAAUAGAAGUAUGAUGUUUCCUCAUGCCCCUGAAGUGUGCGCCAGUAUUUGUUUUGAAUUUACGCUUUCUAUGGUUGCCAACAUAUAUUAUUAUGUUGUUGAUGCUGGAUAUCCAAACAUGCCUGGUUUUCUUGCUCCAUAUCGGGGAGUUCGUUAUCACUUACAUGACUGUAGAAGAGGAAGCAAUGGAAGGUUCACUGCAAAGGAGUUGUUUAAUUUUGGGCAUUCUUCAUUAAGGAAUGCAUUCGAGCGAAGCUUUAGAGUUCUUAAAUCUCGCUUUCCAACUUUUAGGGAUCCUUCCUCAUUUCCAUACAACACCCAGGUACAAAUAUUAAUAGCAACAUGUGCAAUUCACAAUUUCAUUAGGACGGAAUCCAAGUCUGAUGAACUGUUUGCAUAUUAUGCAAAUGAAGAAAAUGUCAUAGAUGUUGAUACAUCCCCGCCUGAUGAACCAACGUUUAGUGGUAUGUACGCACAUCAACAAAGAAGAAGUGAAAUGAAUCACGUGAGAGAUGAAAUUGCCGAUGCCAUGUAUAGGUUCCGAUACCGAAACUAG